GUUAAGUGAACUUGACAAUUAAAUUAACUUAUUUUUUUAAUUAUAACAAUGGGUUUCCUCAAUUUUUUUAAGUUAAGUCAACUUAUCACUUUUUACAGUGUAAAAUGUAAUAGCCUACAAAGUGAAAUUAUUUCAAUUACUUUACUAAAGUAAUGUAACUGAUACAUUUGAUUACUUUUUGAUUACUUUUCUAAAUUUCUAAUGUUGUCAACUCAUUUUCAAACAUGUAAACCAGGCAGGGUUAACCUUACAGUAGGCUACUCAACACUGAUUAGUGUCAUUUUCAAAAUCCCUCAUCACUUUAAUUAAGAUUAUAAUAAUUUAAUUUUAAAGCAGCUACCACAAAAUAGGACUUACUUUGAGACCAUUUUUAGGUUAAAUACAGAUAUAAAACCAUAACAAAAAAAAUAGUUUAGUAGCUAUGAUACUGUUUUUGAAAUCAAAUCUUUGCAUAGUUAUGACAGGAAACAACUGGCAUCUAACAAUGCCUUGGGGAAAAAAAAUGUUAAUCUUAAAAAAUAAAGCAUAUGCAUAAAUCCAAAUAGUAAAUAAAAUAGUUCGGCCUAUCGAAUAAGCAUGUGUCCUCCUGAAACAUUGGUGUCUCAUUAGAACAGUCACUGCAAUUUAUGAAAGAAAUCAAUUAAAUCUGUAUGUGGGUGUGUGUAAGAAAAUUUGUAUUUUUUUUUUAGAUGUAAGCCCCUUUGUAAUCGUUAACAUUUUCAUAAGUAACUGUAAUUUAAUUAGCCUACACAUUUUUAUCAGUAACUGUAACUGAUUACAAUAACAUAAUUUAGUUACAUGUAACUAGUUACUCCCCAACACUGCUCGUCAAUGUCAAAAUUAUUGAAAUGGCCAAUCAAAUUUAAACAGGAUUUACGAAUUUCAGAAAAAGAGCACGAAUUUCAGUGCGAGCGUUUACCGCGUGAACGUGCCAGUUUAGAAAGAGAGCCAGUUAUGAAGUAGAGAAGCAUUUAAUAUUUGACAACUUUUUUAUGACAGAAAUGUUAAAUAUGGAGUCAUUUAUUAAUGAUUCAUAAUUCCUAACAUAAUGUGAUGAGACGAAACGUUUUACGUUUUUGACAUAGGCUACUGUAUAAAUAAAUGUGAAUGUGUGCAUAUUUUAAAAUAUUGUUUGCAAAUAGUACAAAAAUUAUUACUUCCCAACUUGAAUUGUUCCAAGAAUUUCCUUCAUUGUUCUGUUUCUUUAUACUUUAUAAAAACUAAUGGUCCCCCGAUGGUCAAGACAGUUUUGGCUGUGAUUUAAUUCAGUGUACAUCUAUGGCACAUAUAGUUCCUAUACCUAACCUUACUUUACCAAUUGUAGCCUAUAUAUUUUUUUAAACUAGACAAUGUUGUCAUGGUCAGCAAUUUAAUCAUUUCCAGCAAAUAACACUUUGAUCACAAGUGGGUGGUUCCUUUACCAUUCCUCAUACAUCAUCCCUGCAGAUGUCUGACAUGAUCCACAUUUCCAACCUGGGAAGUUCCCCUUGGUCUCAUUUUGACAUGAUUCACUCUCAUUCAGCAUGUUUGCACCAGUGGGGAUUUAUUUAAGACUGCAAGGGAAGCUCGCUUCCCCUAUAAUGUCAAAAAAUUAAUGGUCAAAUAUGUACUAUUGUGUUAACAUUUUAUUGACUAAAAAUGCGUUAGAACACGUUCAUCUCGAAGACGAGUUCGUUCAGAAUCAGCUACAUAUAGCAGGUCGAUUUCCUUCUCAUACACUCCCGUAGCUUCAGUGUAUUUCUCUGCUGAAGCCCAGCGUCCAUUGACUUCAAUGGAGCUGCUUUGAACAGUUUUUUUUCAGUGCCUCGAAACUAGACGGUCAUUGGAUAAAUGCUGCGAUUAUGUCCCGCCCCCGGACGCUCAGCGUCUCUGGAGGUGAAUGGAGGAGUGGGCUGGCCUGGACUCCGGGCUUCUGCGUGAUGAUUGGACGGACGGAGCACUAUAAAGAUCCCAGUCAGACUGAGCAGAACAUCAUCCGGUCAACAUGGAGCUCACAGCUGUGGUAUUGUUGGUGAUUGCUGCGCACGCUUUAGCAAAACCUAUUGCAACUGAGGAGAAAGACAAGUUGUUAUUAGCUGAGAAAUAUCUUCGAAGGUACUAUGGCAUGCCAGCUGGUCUCCAGGGAAAAGGAAAAGCGUCUGAUCUCAUGCACCAGAAGAUUCGAGAGAUGCAAGCGUUCUUCAAGUUGGAAGUGACGGGAAAGUUGGACGACAGCACCUUGGAGGUGAUGGAAAUGGCUCGCUGUGGAGUUCCAGAUGUGGCUGAAUAUAACCACUUCCCCCGAGACCUCAAAUGGACAACCACAGAUGUGACCUUCAGGAUUCUGAACUACACUCCUGACCUGAAGAAGGCGGAUGUGGACAAAGCCGUUCGAGAGGCUUUUAACGUCUGGAGCAAGGUGACACCACUGAGGUUUAAGAAACUGCAUGAGGGAAAUGCUGAUAUCAUGAUCACCUUUGGAGCAAAAGAGCAUGGAGACUUCAACCCAUUUGAUGGACCUGAGGGGCUUCUUGCUCAUGCCUAUCCACCUGGAAACGGCAUUGGUGGAGAUACACACUUUGAUGAGGAUGAAACAUGGACCAAAGACUUUCACGCAUUCAAUCUCUACUUGGUUGCGGCCCAUGAGUUCGGUCAUGCUAUCGGUAUGGCCCACUCCUCUGACCCAGGGUCACUGAUGUACCCGGUGUAUUCCUACGACAGGGGUUACCCUCUAUCUGAGGAUGACAUUAAGGGAAUCCAGUCUCUCUAUGGUGAAAACCCAGACCACAGUAGAGUCAAGCCUAAACCAGACGCUCCAACCAAGUGUGACCCUGAACUGAGUUUUGAUGCCAUCACUGAACUCCGUGGAGAGACAAUCAUUUUCAAAGACAGGUUUUACUGGCGACUACAUCCACAAAGGUCUGAGCCUGAACAAACUCUCAUUAAAAAUACCUGGCCUGAAUUACCAAACCAAGUAGAUGCUGCCUACGAGAACCCAGAGAAAGAUAUUGUCAUCAUAUUCAGUGGUAUCAGAAUGUGGGCUCUCAAUGGCUACAAUCUGGUAGACGGCUAUCCAAAAUACAUCCACAAACUUGGUCUCCCGAAGACUGUCCGCAAAAUAGAUGCAGCAGUUAACAUCCGAGACACGGGCAAGACUCUACUUUUCGCAGAUGAAAAAUACUGGAGUUAUGAUGAGGAGAAAGGCACCAUGGACAGUGGAUACCCACGAUCCAUUGAGAAAGACUUUCCUGGAAUUGGAGAUGAAGUGGAUGCUGCUGCAUAUCAUUAUGGAUAUUUGUACUUCUAUCACGAGCACGUGCAGUUUGAGUACAGUUACAGCUCUCGGAAAGUCAUGCGCAUCAUGAGGGCCAACUCCAUCCUCAACUGUUGAGCGCUUAUAAUGUGGCUGUGCCAUAAACUGUCAAUCAUUAUCAACUGCUGUGAAAAUUAGCAUUCAUUUUUAUCAUUUUUUCACUACUGAGCUGGUAAAUCAGUAGAAAUUCUCCAUUCUUUUAAAAUGUAUUUAUAGGCCAUGAUUCAGGGAUCAUGUCUGGGGUAUUUUGGUCAAAUUAAUUUCUGUAUGAUUCUGUAUAUGCAUCCAAUGGGAAGCAAAGAAAUAUAUAUUGAUUGAACUGAAAACUGUAAAUGUGUUAUGACCUCUCCAAUACUACUGUUAAAAAA